AGUUGUAAUUCUUUCUCUGGUUGCACAAGGAGGCAAAGCAAGUCUACUUACAUCUCUAUCUUGACUGGAAUUAUAAUGUUAUUUUUAAUGGCAAAUCAAGAUCAUUCAUCAUGAUGAUAAUUGGGGAAAUAACCUCUGAGAAGGAAAGUGGGUGGUCAGAAGCGAUGUUUCCCACAGACUUUAGGGAAGUGUUAUAAGGAAUUCAAGAUUAGAUAAGCACCAUCUAUAGAAUCAGCUUAACUGCAGCCUGGGAUUUCAGGGAACUAAAGCCUUCCUGCUUGGAAAAUGUUUCCCAAGUCUUUAUUUGUCUUCUACAUUCCCUUAAAAGGUGACAACCCUUUCUACUUCACAGACAUAAAACUGAAAGUACCAUUCUCUCUCAGACACACUAUUUUAUGAGAACCCAUCUAUACUAUAAAACAGAGGUAGUUAGAGCACUCCUUGGUUUGGGUAGAAGAGAGGGCAGAAAGGAGGUGUUGGAAUUCUCAACAUAAACUUUAUCUAUUUUUUACAAUUUUGUGCUUGCCUUACCCAGGCUCUAGCAUAUUUUCAGUUCUUAUAAAUUUUAUUAUCUAAUGAGACUUAUCUUCUAGUCUGGAACUGAAUGGUAAAAUUGGGCCUAAGUGUCUACAUCGGCAUGGAAGGAAUUUUAAGGUGGAGCUCAGCUCUUAGGGCAUUGUUACAAUAAUGCUUUCCUCUUUCUUCCAUGUGGACCCACAGGUAACCCUGGUGAUUAAGAUGCCAUCCUGUCUAAAGGUCCUAGGUCCCCUCUUGUUCCUGCUAUUUUCUGUAUGGGGGCUCUUUGUAAACAGUCAGAAGCUUUCCUGGAGGGAAUUCAUGAAACAGCACCACCUGAACACAAACUUGGAAUUCAGUGAGUACAGAUGCAAUGAUCUCAUGAAGGAAAGAGAAACUCCAAAAGACCAGAACUAUCACAUCUUCAUCUAUACCUUUUGGUACAAAAUCGAGCAUCUAUGCGUCAGGAACUGGAGAGAUCGCUACAGAAAUGUAUAUAUAUGGGCCCAGUAUCCCUUCAAAAUACUCAAGUGCUACCCAGGAAAUAACAAAAAGAGCUACAAAGAGCACAGGAGCUACAGCUACAUUGAAUUCCACUGUAGCAUGAAUGGGUUUGUUGAUAUCAUAGAGGAUACCCGGCUGCUAGUUCCUAUCAGCAACUAGAAAGUCUAUACAUAUCUCCAGGUUUUAGAGUUAAUGCUUCCCAAGUCGUGGUGGGCCUGCCCACAUCAAUAACCCUUACUAAUCUCUACUUUGCAUUUAUGUGCCAAUGUUUUCCAACUACUUAAAGUUAUGUAUCACAUGGUUUCAUGUGAUACCUAUAACUUCACCUAUGUUGAUUCUCUGUCUGAAAUAUGCUUCUGCCCUCAUUUAUCUGCAUUACUCCAUUUUCUUUUCUUUUUCUUUUGUUAAGAUUCAGCUCACAUGGCAUCUCUUUUUGACUAAUCCAGGAAUAUUCCUUAUAUUGAUUCCUUAUACCUACCCAAACUGAAUGAUCUUUCCUUCCCUAAAUAAAUUAUAUCAUUCCAA